ACACACACAUAAGCAUAUAUCAAUAUAAUCAACAACUACUUCUCUGCAUUUCAUUGUCACACAACUACAUCAUCAUCAUCAUCAUUAUCAAAAAGUAGAUAUAUAGUGAAAUUUUUUCUUUUUGCAAGAUUUAUGAAAGCAGAUUGAUUUGUAAAAAAUGGUGAUCAUAACUCAAGAUAUGAUCAAGCAAUUCCAAACCUUAAUGGAAUCAAUUGAUGAACAACUCAAGAUCACAUUUCAGAAUCUGCAUCAAGGAUAUCCAACUGAGACUUUGGUUCGAUUUCUUAAGGCACGAGAUGGGAACGUACUUAAAGCCCAUAAUAUGCUUAUUGAUUGUCUUAACUGGAGGAUUGAAAAUGAGAUUGAUAAAAUAUUAUCGAAACCGAUAAUUCCUGCUGACUUUUAUAGAUCAGUACGUGACUCGCAACUUAUAGGGAUGUCAGGUUACACAAAAGAUGGAAGACCUGUUUUUGCCAUUGGUGUUGGGCUUAGCACAUAUGACAAAGCAUCUAUUCAUUAUUAUGUUCAAUCACACAUCCAGAUAAAUGAAUACAGAGAUCGCGUGGUAUUGCCCUCUGCAACAAAGAAGUUUGAACGACAUAUAAGCACCUGUGUCAAGGUUUUGGAUAUGACCGGGCUUAAACUUUCACAUCUUAAUCAAAUUAAGCUACUGACGGUUAUAUCUAGUAUUGAUGACUUGAACUACCCAGAGAAAACAGAUACUUAUUACAUUGUGAAUGCCCCGUAUGUAUUUUCAGCAUGUUGGAAGGUUGUGAAGCCGCUCCUGCAAGAAAGAACAAGAAAGAAAGCUCAGGUGCUUUCGGGUUGUGGUAAAGAUGAAUUGUUGAAGAUAAUGGAUUACGAAUCUCUACCCCAUUUUUGUAGAAGACAAGGGUCUGGAUCAUCGCGCCUAAAUAGAAACUCCAUGGGUGGUGAUGAUUGUUGUUUCUCAUUGGACCAUGGGUUUCACCAACAGCUCUAUACUUACAUCAACCAGCAAGCUGCAGGUAUCAAGCCUCGAGCCCCAGUCAAGCAAGGAUCAUUUCAUGUGGGUUUCCCUGAACCUGACAUAAGAGACCGUAAGAUUGCCCAAACUAUAGAAACGGAGUUCCAUAGGCUGGAGAUCCAGAAUGGUUUCACUGAUGAAAAAGAUCACCUCAAGACAAAUGAAGGAGACCAUCAAAAGGAAAUGAUUGCACCAAAGCUGCUUCCUGUUUAAACCCGGAAUCACUUAUUACGUUGCGUAUAUGAUAAUUAUUCUGAUAAUUUUUUUUUUUAACUAUAUUGUAAUGUUAUAACUUGCCCGAUUGGUGGGAGUAGCAGGCUUCACACUCCCCUGAAACGGAAGGAAAAUAGUUUCUACUUUUUUAACUUCAAAAGUCAAAUAUAGCGAGACCAAGAUUGAAGCACAAUAAACUAUCAAAUUUCCACCAUCACCUUACUGAUUUCAUGUUCAAAUUGUAUUGAAGCAAUUUUUUCUGUUGUA